CAGCAUCCCCGUAUGCAAAUCUGCUCUUAUGACAACUACAGCACCAAGACCUCGAUACUGGUGCCACGUAUGCCAAAAUGAAAUCCAACCAAUACUGGCUCCUGAUCCUACCUGUCUCCAAUGCAAUGGCCAGUUUGUAGAACAAAUUGAAGAGACCAACGAUCCUCGAAGCUUUUACACUGCUCAAGGGGGUGAGUUAGAGGACGGAACAGACGAAGAUGGGAAUGAUACCCAAGUAUCGGAAAUGUUACAGACUAUUCUCCAAAGUUUUGUCCCAAACGGCCGUGUCACUGUGCAAAGCUCGACUGCGAACAUAGAUACACCCGUCCCUCCUAAUUAUGUUGAAACAUCCAAUGGAAUGAACAAUCGAGCGAGUGGAGAUGAAAGUUCCGAUAGCGAGGAGGAAAAUGGAGACAAUCGUCAGGAGGGACAGGAUACAGUACGAAUAAUGCAAUUGAUGAAUAUAAUACAGCAAAUACUCUCAAGAGCGGAGGGAAACAAUACAGAGCCUUUGGAAUUAUUUCCAAUGUCGGGAAAUAUGGAUGACUAUGUCUUCACACAAAACGGACUAGAUGAUGUGAUCACACAAUUAUUAGAGCAAGCAACCAACCGAAACGCACCACCACCAGCAUCAGAAGAGAUCAUUGCGAAUUUAAAAAAACGUAAAACGACAGCAAAAGAUAUCGAGGAUAAUCAAGACUGCAGUGUUUGUAAAGAGGAUUUCAGCGUGUCUGAAGAUGUAUUGAUAUUGCCUUGUGAGCAUUUUUUCCAUCAGGAGUGUAUUAAGCAAUGGCUGUUAGUGAAUGGAACAUGCCCAAUAUGUCGAUAUUCGUUGACCACCGCGCCCACGGAAUCGGCAACCCCACCAAAUGAGCAAAAUACAGAGACAGAAACAGACUCCUCCAACCAUGUUCAAAGUACGAACAACGCUGGUCGUACCGAUGGCACUUGGACAUCACUUAUACCAGGUAUUUUUCGGUGGACGAGGCCAUCCAGUCCAUUCCCUCGACGAAUAGCUGGUCAUAGUGAUGACAAUGAUCAAGAGGAGGAGGAUAAUAACAUGGAUGCCCUGGACUGAUAGAGUUUAAACACCGUUAAAAAGAGACACAACGUUUUUAAAGUUCAAAUAUAGCCUUGAAAAUACCUCUUUGACUCUCACG